AUGAUUUUGCCAAUCAAAUAUGAUGAGUAUAAAGAAUUUGAUGUAAAUCGUUAAUUGUAGGAUCAAGCAAGAGAUUUCAGAAUGGUUUAAUAGGAGCUUCUUAAAUAACAACUCUUUGAUCAACAAUUAGAAAUGGAGAAAAGGAAAAGAUCUCUAACUACACAAAAAUAAAGAGAGGAACAAUUAUACUUAGAGAAUCUCAAAAAAGAAAAAGAAAUGCAAUACCUUAUGGAAGGAUAAAAUAAAUAGUACAUCAAAAACGAUUUAUCAAAAUGGUAUGAAAAUUCACUAACUAAUUAAAGAAUUGUCCAACAAUAGCUAGUAAUCUUAUCUAUAUUGAUAGAGACAAGAAUAAUAAUCUAUUGAAUAACAAAUUGUUGACACUGCAAAGUUAGGUUAAACUAUGGCUAAAUUCUAUGAAUAAUAAAAAAAGGAUUAUUAUAAAUAAGUCUCCGAUUAGUAAUAUGGUUAAUUCUAAAUCAAGAAGCUUAAUGAAUAAAAUUAUAAAAAGUUUGACCAAGCAGUAUAUAAGGAAUAAGUUCAUUAGGAAAAUAAUAAAAUAUAAAGGAAGUUAGAUAAUUACAAAUAAGUACAUAAUUAAUGAUAUUAUUAAAGUAUUAUCAGAAUGUUUAAAAUAGAUAGUAAUAAUUAUAAGCAAUGUAUUUGUAGAAUUACAGAGACCCAAAAGAAGGAUUAGAUGAUAUAAUAAAAAAGAACGUUUAACAGAAAUAAGAGAAAGAUGAGAAGCAAUUCAGAUAUUAGAAAGAGUUGGAAGAUAUAUCAAAAGAGAAGUAUAGUUCGAUUCUAUCAAUAUAACUGCAAGAACAAUAAUAAAAACGAAAAUAGAAUAGAUUUGAUGCGAAAUGGAAUGGGUAUGACCAUGCUAAUUCUGUAUACUGGUACAGUUAGGAUAGAUAAAAUAAUGUAUGAUAGUUAAAAAUAAUAGAUUUCAACACCAGCAAGGAGUGUGAUAUCAGAACAAAACCAAUAAUAUAAUCCUCUUACAAAUCCAAAUCCAAAUCAGACUUAAAAUCCAUACAUACUUAGAUAAUUGGGAAUGAAUUUAAAGGAUUUGCCUACUCCAGAGUAUACUAAAAAUAAGUUAGCUUCAAUGGGAAAGUUUUGCAUAAAUUGAUAUAAAUUAAAUGCGUU